AUGUGGAAGCUAAACUUUGAUGGAGCCUCAAAUGCUGUGGGUAAUGGAAUUGGGGCAGUCUUGGUAUAUCCAAGCGGAGAUCAUUAUCCUAUUGCUAGCAAACUGGAUUUUGAUUGCAUGAACAAUAUGGUAGAAUAUGAAGCAUGCAUUAUGGGCAUUCGUGUAGCUAUUGAACGUAAAAUCAAAGUGCUAAAAGUUUAUGGGGAUUCUGCACUGGUGAUAUAUCAACUCAAAGGAGAAUGGGAAACAAGAGACCCUAAAUUGAUCAGUUAUCGAAAAAUGGUUCUUGAAUUGAUGAACGAGUUUGAUGACAUCACUUUCUAUUACUUCCCACGAGACGAAAACCAGAUGGCUGAUGCAUUGGCCACCCUAGCCUCUAUGAUCCAAGUGAACAAGUUAGAGGACAUAAAGCCUAUUCAGAUGAGCAUUUCUGAAACCCCGGCUUAUUGCUAUAGUAUUGAGGAAGAGGAAAAGGAUGGCCAUCCUUCGUACCUAAAUAUACUGCAAUAUGUGAAAAAUCGUGAGUACCCAAAUCAGGUAACGGAGAAUAAUAAGAGAGCAUUGAGAAGAAUAGCCAUUGACUAUGUCCUGGAUAGGGAAAUCCUAUACAAAAAAGGGAAGGAUCAGGGCAACACCUUUCUCUCUAAUUUAUGGGAUGGAAGCAGUUUUACUAUUGAGGUCGAAAUCCCUUCUCUCUGGGUAUUGGCUGAGUUGAAAUUGGAUGAAGCAGAAUGA